AUACCACUUCCGGGUCGGGCGUUCGUAAAUGUUACUCCUACCAAACUCCUCGAAUAGGAAGUGCGGGGUACUUACAAGGAAGUCAUGGCUGUGGAUUUAAAGAAGAAUAAAGAUUCCCUUUUCAAGGCAUACGAACAAGUCUUUGAUGAUAAAGACGACACUGACUGGGCUUUGUAUGGAUAUGAAGGGCAAACUCCAGUUUUGAAACUUGUUGGUACAGGGGAUGGAGGCAUCGAAGAAAUGGCUGAGGACCUCAGCAGUGGAAAAAUGAUGUAUGCAUACUGCAGAGUGACAGACCCAAAUACUUCCUUGCCGAAAUAUGUGCUCAUUCAUUGGACUGGUGAGAGUGUCCCUGAAAACUUGAAAUUGAAGUAUACAUCCCACUUGCGAGAUGUCCAAGCAUUCUUGAGAGGUAUUCACAUCACAGUGCCUGCUCGCUGUGAAGAGGACAUUGAUGUUGAUGACAUCAUGAAGAGAGUGGCCAAAUCAUCUGGGGCAAACUACAGUUUCCACAAAGAGAAGGCCAGGCCUCAGCAAGCUCCAGAUCUAGUGGGUACUGAUUACAAACGAAUCAUUCCUACCAGGGAGAUCAACAUGAACAAUAGAGACCAGUUCUGGGCUCAGGCAGAGAAAGAUGAAAUUUCAAGACAGCAAGCAGAAAAAUCGAGAUCUGAUGCUGAAAGGAAACAGUUAGAGGAAGAGAGGAAAGAAAGAGAGACAAGAGAAACAAAAGAACGUGAGAAGCGCAUUUCAGAGCACAUGAGGGACGUGGGCAAACAGCGACAAGCCGAGAAAAAAGCUGCUGAACAGAAUAAAGAAAUGGAGAAACAAAAAUGGGCUCAAAUUCAGAAGGAAUCCAGCAUAGAUGAAGAGGAACGGGGUCAUCGCAGUGACCAGAUGAGAAAAGAAAGAGCUGCAGAGGCAGCUCAGUUGGUGUCAAAAAGCAGCAGCAGUGCCAGAGAUUUCUUUAAGCAGAAGUCUGUGGAACGUCCAGAAUCUGCCGCCAAGAGAGGCCCUCCUCCUCCCAGGAAACUCCAGCACAGUUUUGGAGCUGCCAGCAGUCAGCCAGAGCCCCAAGCCCCCAAACAGCCCAUCCAGCUGCCCAGAGAGGAGGCACCACCCUCCAAACCUGCCAGGCAACCAGAACCACAACCCGAACCCGAACCAGAGCCUGAGAUGGUUCCCGAGCCGGAGCCAGAACCAGAACCAGAGCCCGUGCCUGCUGCUGAGCCAGCCCCAUUGUCCCCGACAUCCCCGACGUCCCCCGUGACCCGAGACCUGCUCCGACAGGGCCUGCCGCAGAGAAACGACUCUGACGCUGAGGAAGAGGGCCAGGACUGGGACGAGCCAUCAACAGAAGAUUACACAUUCCGGGAAAACCGUGUUCCCUCUUUCCAUGAGGACUACUCUGCAGAGCAGCAGAGUGCAGAGAGCCAGUCCCAUCGCAUAAGCAGCACACAGCACUUUGUGGAGGAGGAGCAGGUGGAAGAGGAGGAGGAGGCAGCGGCCCCACCCCCCCAAGUCACAGCAGACCAGGGACUUUGUGCUCGCGCCUUGUACGACUACCAAGCAGCGGAUGACACCGAGAUAACCUUCGACCCAGAUGAGAUCAUCACAAAUAUCGAGAAGAUAGAUGAUGGCUGGUGGCAAGGUUUUGCCCCCGACGGCUCCUAUGGCAUGUUCCCCGCCAACUAUGUGGAGCUUAUUAACUAAAUUGUUUUGAAAGCCCUCAGACUACAGGAUAACUGCACACCAAAAACAGUGUUAUAUAUAUAUAUAUGGAUGUUGAAAAUGAUGUUGAUUUGUGCCAGGUCUUUGAGUAUAUUUUCUGCUCCCUUUUAUUUUCUUACUGCCAUUUCUCUCUCUACUUUUCUUAACUCUUUCCAGACGCAAUUAUUUUCUCCCUUCCAUGUAUUAUAUGUGUCAUGAUGCGGUGGAAUCAGGCGCUUGUCAAUUUUGGCGCAUGUGGAGUUAUUGGUAUCAUCUUAAAGC